AUGGACAACAAGCAGGUGUUUCAAUAUCCCGCCGUCGGUUUCUACCAACAACCCAAUUUCACUGCUGAUUCCAAGACGCAAGUGCUCACGGCUAUCAAGAAGAAUCAAGAACUAUUGGCAGCCAAAGUGAAACUCCAGAAAAAUAAAAACACGUUUAGAACGGACAUAUUAAAGAUGAAAAAUAAUGUUAUAAGGAGGAAAUGUGAACUGUUGGAGAAACAGUUUUCGCAACAGAAAAUUCUCCUUGCAAAAAUGGAAAAACUUCCAGCUGGACCUCAACGUGACUACCUGCUGAAGAUAAUAAAAAAAAUGGAAAAAGUCAUCCGUAUUGGCAACAAAGAUCUGGUACAGUCGAUCGGAGAAGUAAAAUCAAGACUUCAAAAGAAGGCAAACGAAGAUCUGCGGCUACGUUUGAGAAGUAACACUAACUCCGUGAACAAAACGUCGUCUCCAAAUCAGACAGUAGAUCGCAGACCCACCAGAUUGCUGGUUUCUGGAUAUGAAACUGAAGAACAAGAAAGUGUCUUACUUCAUUUUCAGCUUGUUGGGGAAAUCAUCGACUAUACUGUUGGCCCCACUUUGUCUAGUACGACUUUGACCUACAAAACGCGGAAAGAGGCAGAGAUGGCAAUGUUGCAAGGAAAACACUUUCAUGAUCGGAUAUUAUCAGUCACGUGGUGUACCGAACCAAUUACCAAUCAGCUGAUAUCCAGACCAACUUCUUCUAAAUCUUCAAUGUCAGAAUCUGAAGAAAACAGAUUAACUGAAGAAUCUUCAUCUGAAGGAGAGGAAGACAUAAGCUUUUGUUCCGAAACCACUGAAGACGAUUUGCUUCAAGAUGACGAAGAAGACGAAGACAAAGAAAAAGAAAGCGAGUAUCAGUAUUGGAAACGAUAGUUUAUGCGUUUUCUUUCGUUCAUUGUAUAAAGGCAUUUAUUAUUUUAUUUUGAUUUCUUUUUUAAACUAU